CGAUGACGCAAGGAUUGCACUCAUUACCAAUGCCAGUGACCAUUUAACCCACCUCUCAGUGUCCUCGCCGCCAGUUUGGAAUCAGCACCGAUGUCCUCGUCCAGUGUCCUGUCUGCCCUCGGGAUCGGCACGUCUGAUGGUCUAUCACCAAGCGCACUUUCGAACCUGGUCGGAUUCAACGCUUUUUCGUGCACUACCCACACCUCGUUGUCCUCAUCAGCGUGCCCAUCGUACUCAUGCAAAACCCGCAACACCCGCAGAUUUUCCUGAGAUCGCACCACACGCUGCCCAGCUAUCCGUAGAUCUAGAACAGGCUUACGCUCUUCAAGCUCAACGGGCCGAGAAAUUGGCAGAUGAUGUCGAGCAGUUUUAUGGAAGUCGGAAAACGGAAUAUGAGGACCUGCAAGCAGAAAUCAAAGCCAGUGGAGAUCUUUUGGAUCAACUAUCCGAGCUUUUGGCACAUUUUCAGGCGGAUUUAUCAUCGGUAUCCACUUCGAUAGCCGAACUUCAAGGCCGUUCCAAGUUGAUCGAGAACCGACUAGAAGGGAGAAGAUUACUUGAACAGAAGCUUUCACCUUACAUCUCCAACACCGUCAUACCACCUUCCUUGAUUUCGACGAUCAUGAGUACCGAGCCGAGCGACACCUGGCUAACAGCGAUCAAAGAACUCGAGAUUAGAUUGGUUUCAUUACGCACGUCUUCUUUCGAGAAACGCCCGAUCGACACAUCAGACCACGUGGCUGAUAAACUCAGACUCGUGGCAGCCCACAAGAUCCGCUCCUUCUUCAUCUCCGCUCUCGCCCCUUUUCGGGCCUCGAUCACCACCAAUCUUCAAAUCACGCAGUCUUCCUUCUUACUCAAAUAUCGUCCGCUCUUCGCCUUCCUUCAGCGCCACUCAGCUCGGGUAGCCAACGAGGUCCAAAAAGCCUAUGUUGGAACUGCCCGAUGGUACUUUGAGACCAGCUUUCGUCGUUACGUUAGGGCCUUGGAGAAAAUCAAAGCUCGAGGGUGGACUAAAGUUGGUCUGGUGGGCGAUCCCCAAUCGAGUGCCACAGCCCUCGAUGAUUCUAUAAUCUCUCAAUCUAAGUUGGAUGGAGCAGACGUGGUUUUGGCAUAUUUGGCCGAAGAUCCUUCAUUUCAACAACCACCUGAGGCCUUGUUCCGAUCUUUAUCACUUGUGGCGAUAGACAAUGCGAUCUCGGAGUGGAGCUUUGCCAAUCAUUUUUUUGGCCAGCUUUCUUUGGGAACUCAACAAGUGCCAGAAUCUGGGUCGACGCUGUUCCCGAAUACCAGUAGACUAGAUCUUGGCCCUGCUUCUGUCUCAGGCAGCUCGACCCCGAUGAUCAGGAAGGGUAGUUUUGUGAGCAGCAUCGCGGAUUCGGAUAGCUACUUUACCGGCAGUCCAAGCGAAAUGAAUUCAAAUAGUGGCAUGAAUGAGCAAAAAACACAAACUGCUAUUGAUCUGGUCUUUAAACAAGUCAUUGAACCUGUGUUCGAAUAUCACAAGACAUUCACAAGCAACCUGUUAACUACGAACGACCUACCGGAUACGAACAGUAUUUAUGCGAUGAUUCAAUUGAAUGAGGGCCUACUUUCCGCGGCCAGUACGAAUUGUCCGGCAUUUGAGACGCAUCUGAUGGCGAUCAAGAUGAAGCUCUGGCCGAUCUUCCAAACGAAGAUGAACAAGGAGAUCGAGAGUGUCAGUUUACAGUCGCAAAGGAAAGAGCCCGACGUCAAACUAGUCUGUCAGAAGUAUGUCUGGUUUUUCUCGACGAUGAUCGGGAUGGAGUCCCCCAGGGAGGAUAGUAAUCCGGUCGGUACGGGCGAGGAAGGCAAGGUUAUUAACGAGUUGCUCAAGCUUAGAGAAGCCCUCGUCUCGUUUAUUCAAAAUCAUGCUCAAAAACUGUCCAGUUUAACUGACUCUUCCAGAAAGAGUUAUCUGAGUUCAAUCUAUCAAGAAAUCCAAACGGGCCUAAUGGCUUUCCCUUCUAAUCAUGUACGCAGUCAAUCCGAGGCUGCUUACUGGAGAGAAUUAGUUUGGCGUGCCAAAUAG